GAAUGGAGGAUUUUUCAAAAAGAUUGUUUUCUUCAAAACCGAGAGCUGCGUUCACUCUGACGUCAAUGUUCCCAGGUUCUGAUUGAUUUUUCUGGGGGCUUGUUUACUUCUGUCAAAAUUGCCGUUCGCUAUAUAAAGGGCCGACCGAGUCAGAGUUUGGAUCCGCUCUGUGGUAGCCGGGCUGUCUGUUUCAGCACCAUGGAGAGUACUCGCCUUUGCCUCCUUACCCUGCUGAGCGCCGCUCUGCUCGUCAACUCCAAUUGCCAGGAAUCCGAGCUGCAAGCUAGGUCGGUAGACCGUUACUCAAUCAAAGAGGACUCCUCUCAAGAAAAGGAGCUGAUUGAAGCUUUGCAGGAAGUGCUGGAGAAACUGAAAAGCAAGAGGAUGCCUACCUACGAAAAAAAGUUUGGAAUGGUCCCAAUGUGUGAUGCUGGGGAACAAUGUGCUGUAAGGAAAGGAGCCAGAAUUGGAAGACUCUGUGACUGUCCCAGAGGAACCUUCUGCAAUUCCUUCCUCUUGAAAUGUUUGUAACAAUGUCCAAAUCUGGGCACUCAUAAUAAAAUAUUGUUUUAAACGCAUUUAAAAAACUUGAAAAGUCAAUUUGGCCAAUCAAACAUAUUCUAUUUACAAAAAAAAGGAUGGUGAAAAUGCAUGGACUUGCAAUUCUACAGUCUUGUAGAUCUGUGUGGGAGGUAGUAACGUAUGUUUCCGGCAUUGCUGUGACGCUGUUGUGGACAGUUGCGUCUUUUUUCUUAUGGUGAAAAGUUGUUUCUGCCUGUACCAGUUAAUGAGUU